AUGCACUAUGUUGGUCAUAAAUUGUGCCACGCGCACCUCGUUAAACACUGCGCCCGCCAUGGGUGGAAGUUACUGCCGCAAGCGAUCUUCGCCGUGGGUCCUAAGUCCUGCCACGCGCGCUCCAGGUCGUGGGUGCCUGAUCCUGCCAUACGCGCUCUGCGCCUUGGGCGCUUCACGCUGUGGGCGCUAAAUUAUGUCGGACGUGCUCUACUGCGCGCUAUACUGCCAUACGCGCUCUACCCCAAGGGCGCUAGCUUCGCUUCGAGCGCUCUACGCAGUUGGUCCUGUUCCGGCACCAAGCUCCACGCCAUGGUCACUGAUCCUGCCACAUGGGCUCUACGCCUGAGGUGCUUCGGGCUGUGGUCGCUAGGUCCUGCCGCACGCAAUCUACGCCGUGGGCGCAGUCCUGCCAAACGCGCUCCAGGCUCAGCACCCGCCAUAAAUGCUCCAGUGCGUGUACUCCAGAUCCUGCCACAUGCGCUCUUCGCCAUUCGCACUGAACCAGCCACAUGCACGUUCUCUAAGCGAUUGUUACAGCCCCAGACGACACGCGCUCUACACCGUUGGCAGCAGAACCAGACAUUAAGCGCUCCAGAGCGUGAGCUCUAA